UUCGCGCGGGUGACAGUUGUGUUUUCAUUGGUAGCGAGCUUUGUUUGAAAGAUGUGUUAAAGUUGACAGUGGUGUGUUAUUGUUAAUAUAUGGUGUAUUUACCCCUAUUCGAUGUAGUUACUACCAAUACCUUGACAGAAAUUCUGUACUAACGUAAGAUAACAUACCGGCACGGACUUUACGAGUAAUGAUAGUCUUGCCCUCGUUGGUUUCAAGUCGUUUAGAUUAUGCGCCGUGAGUGGGAUUGUACUGACAGUGAGAAAUGAUCACGUGAAAUAUUAAUGUUUUGUAAAAGGAUGUGUUACACGCUGUCGUUUUUCCUUGUGGGCUUGUUGUAAGUCUAAUUUUACCACCCUGACCUAAGCGAUCACAAUGCCGGAAUAUAAUAUAAGAGACGUUUCGGUGAACUUUCCAUUUGAACCAUAUGCUGUGCAGAGGACUUACAUGGAAAAAGUUAUAGAAUGCCUCCAGCACAAGAAGAAUGGUGUUCUGGAGUCUCCUACUGGAACUGGAAAAACUCUGAGCUUGCUGUGUGCUUCACUAGCAUGGCUAACAGUAAAGAAAGCUCAGCUUCAAAUGAAGGCGCAAGGUGGACUGUUUGAGCUACCUGGUGGGGACUUUGUGACUGGCCUUGCAGACAGUCUGAACACUGCAGUUGGUGGAUCUACAAAAGGACAACAAUCUGUGUGGGGUGUUCCAAAAAUUAUUUAUGCAUCGAGAACACAUUCACAGCUCUCACAAGCAAUGCAGGAACUGAAACGUACUGCCUAUAACCAUGUUCGUGUAACAGUAUUAGGGUCUCGUAACCAGCUGUGUAUUCAUCCUGAAGUAUCCAAAGAACUUAACAGCAGUGCCAAGGUGCACAUGUGCCGUGUUAGAGUCUCAUCUCGGACAUGCUAUUUCUACAAUAAUGUGGAAUCCAAGAAAGAAGAUCCUGCCUUUAGGAAUGAGGGUAUUCUCGAUAUUGAGGACCUUGUUGUAGCAGGACGUAAGACCAAAUGUUGCCCGUACUUUAUGGCUCAUGAACUCAAGCAGACAGCAGAUGUAGUCUUCUUACCAUACAACUACUUGCUUGAUCCCAAUACAAGGACAACAUUUGGUGUGGAAAUAAAUAACAAUGUUAUAAUUCUGGACGAGGCACAUAAUAUUGAGAAAAUGUGUGAAGAAUCUGCCUCAUUCCAAAUCUCAAGUUCUGAUAUUGCCCUGUGCAUACAAGAGGUUACUCAGGUAAUGGAAGACAUGUAUGCUGAAACGCAGACUGGAUUUACUCAGUCCGAUGGUGAUUCAACACCGAAGGACUUCACAGCAGAUGAUUUGUGUGUCCUUAAGACAAUGUUCCUGGAACUGGAAAAGGCAGUUGAUGCAGUUGAGGUUACUCCAGAGGGUAGCACAUAUCCUGGAAGCUUUCUUUUUGAGCUUAUGUCUAAAGCCGAGAUUACACAUGGAAGAAAAAAUCUUGUUGUUGACUUACUUAGUAAAAUUACCCAGUAUUUGUCAACAACAAGUACAUCACCAUUCCAGAGGAAGGGUACAGGUCUACAGAAAUUUGUAGAAGUGCUGAGGAUAGCAUUUAGUACAGAUGUAAAUUCAUCGCGACAUAUUGAUCAUGUUAAACGCUGCUAUAAGGUCUUUAUAACUUAUGAGGAAUUCAAGUCAACUAAGAGCAAGACAGAUACUUGGUUAUCUAACAGAACAACGAAUCUGACAAGUAACAAGGGAAAGCAAAUAAAUUAUUGGUGUUUCAGUCCUGGAUUUGGGAUGCAGGCAUUGGUGGAGCAGGGUGCUCACUGUGUAAUUCUCACGAGUGGAACACUUGCUCCUUUGAAGCCUCUAGUGUCGGAGCUGGCCAUAGAUGUUCCAGUCAGGCUAGAGAAUCCACACAUAGUGACUCCAGACCAAGUGUUCGUUGGAAUUGUACAUACAGGACCUGAUGGCCAUCCACUCAAUUCUUCUUUUAACACACGGAAUGAUCCGCAGUACAUAACAUCUCUUGGGCGAACAAUUCUUAAUCUCAGCCGUAUUAUUCCUGGUGGGCUUCUGGUCUUUUUUCCCUCAUAUCCAGUGUUGAAGAAAUGUCAGGAAGAAUGGCAGCUGUCAGGAAUAUGGUCACAGAUAUGUGUAUCAAAGCCAAUAUUAGUGGAACCUCAGACGAAGGAUGCAUUUGUUGCAACAAUGACUGAAUACUACGCGAAGAUCAAAGAUCCAAAUGUCAAGGGUGCCUGCUUUAUGGCAGUCACAAGAGGCAAGGUAUCUGAAGGCCUGGACUUUGCAGACAUGAAUGGUCGUGCUGUAAUUAUUACUGGACUGCCUUAUCCACCUUUUAAGGACCCACGUGUUGUACUUAAACAGAAGUACUUAGAUGAAAACCGAACAAAAGAAAAUGAGAUGUUGUCAGGUCGUGACUGGUAUCAGCUGGAGGCAUCAAGAGCUGUGAAUCAGGCUAUGGGACGUGUCAUUAGACAUGCCAAGGAUUAUGGUGCUGUCCUGCUGUGUGAUUUGAGAUUUGAGAAUGCCAGUUUCAAAAAACAACUAUCUGCAUGGUUGCAACCACACAUUAAGACUUUUCGUCAGUUUGGUCCCAUUGUGAGGAAUAUACGAUCCUUCUUUAGACAAGCUGAACUUAUGUUUCCAUCAGCAUCUGUGUUAAGUAUUUCAGAUGUUUCUUUACCACCUGUACCAGCAUCAUUUGGAACAGCAAUCGGUCGUUUAAUAAACACCAAGGAAGACAGUCAUAAAUCAUCAGAUCAUAAUGCGACUUCAUGGUCAAUGAAUGAAUAUACAACUAGUGCCUCCACUACUCAGAGUCCAGCAAUGAGUAACAAUCCUUUCACAAAUGGAAGCCUUUUGGAUGCUCUUGAACCCCAUACUACAUGCAUUAAUUUGCUGAAUGAAAUGCCUGACAGUGUCUCCAAGAACAGAGGUACUAUUGAUAUUAAAGGGAGCUGUUCACAACCUCCACCAGCCAAAAAGAAGAAGAUGAAGAUGGCACCUUUCACAUAUGUGCUGUCUGAAUCAAAUCAAAUCACUUCAGAAAAUGCAGUCCCCUUGCCUCUUUCUAGUAACAGGUUGAAAGAGGUGUCUCAAUACAGUUCCUCUUCAGGAGCUGCACCUAGGAAAUCUGGCACAGACAAACUGGAUGAUAUUACAAACUAUGUAAAGAAGGUAAAAGGUGCACUUGAUACUGAAAAUUAUCAGAAAUUUAUCUCUGUUGUGAAAGAAUACAAGACUGAAAGUAAUGUGAAAAAGCUCCUACUGCAACUGAAAGAUAUUUUCUUACGGUCAAAGGAAUUAAAUCCAUAUUUCUUAGGUUUCCGAGCAUUUUUAAAGGAGGAUCAUGAAGGUGAAUUUUACCGAAUGUGCGAACUUUGGAAUGUGACAACUGUUUGAGAUGCAAAAGGUUGUAAUGACAAGCUGUGCUCAAGAUCUGACUCUUAGGUACCUGAUUGGUUGGAAACAGCGGAGAAAAUGAAACAACAGUUGAACAUUACAACAAUCAUUUUGAUCAUUGGCUGAAGAGGACAAAAGAAGAUAAUAUUUAUAUCUAGAUCCAUCAGUAUUUCAUACUUGUGAUCAAAAUGAGAAUUACAUGUAAACAUAUUUCUGAAAUAUUUUUAAUUGCAUAUAAUUCUCAUUGAACCAUAAAUGAUAUUUUUGUAUUAUAUAUUUUGUAAUUUUUUAUAUUUUUAUAGAUAAUUUUUAUAUUUAUGACAUAUAUUGUUGUU